AUGCGCAGUGCGGUGCUUCUGCUGGUCGGCGUCCUCUGUGUGGGAGUCUCAGAAUCGGCACCUCGACCCCAGCCUCAGCAGGGGGACGACGUGUUUGCCACUGUGGAGACGGGCGCCCUCAGGGGUGUUGUGUCGACGUCGCUCAACGGCACGCUCUACAGCAAGUUCGUCGGCAUCCCCUUUGCCACACCGCCGCUCGGUGACCUCCGCUUCAGGGCACCAACGCCGGCGGCCAGCUGGACUGGAACGCGGGAUGCGCUGACCUACGGCUCGAGGUGUCCUCAGAGUGGUCGUGGCUCUGAGGACUGCCUGUACGUCAACGUGUACGUGCCCCUGGUCAACGACAGCUCUCCACUGGCCGUGAUGGUCAACAUCCACGGGGGCGGCUACACGACGGGUUCCUCUAGAUUUAGGAGGCCGGAUUUCUUCAUGGACAAGGGCGUUCUGCUAGUCACUUUCAACUAUCGCCUCGGUUCCAUUGGUUUCCUGAGCCUGCAGAACGACGACAUCCCUGGCAACGCGGGCCUCAAGGACCAGGUGUUCGCCCUGCAGUGGGUGAAGCGCAACAACGCGGCCUUCGGCGGUGACCCGGAGAAGGUCACCAUCUUCGGGGAGAGCGCAGGCGGCUCCUCCACGUCACACUUGUUCCUCUCCCCGGCUGCGAAAGGUCUGUUCCGUGGAGCGAUCAUGGAGAGCGGGGUAGCGAAUGGCAACUGGAGCGUGGAGCAGACCCCCAGAGAGAAGGCGUACCGCCUGGCGGCGGCGCUCGGCUUCCAGACGCAGGGCGCCAACGACUCGGCUGUCGCUGCCUUCCUGAGGGCCGUCGACCACACAGACCUCACCAGGGACAACAGCCAGGCCCUCUCAGACUUUGAGAAGCGAACCCACAAGGGGAUCGCCUUUUCGCCCGUAAUUGAGCCGCAGUCGGACACGGCGGUGGUCACCGAGUCUCCAGGGGACAUCCUGAGGGACGGCCGCUACAACCAGGUCCCCGUCAUGGCGGGCGUCACUUCUGCAGAUGGCAGCGUCAUUGUUGAAUCGUCCGGAAUCCUGACAGACGAAGCCUACGCAGCGGAUAUGAGAGAGAACUUCACACUCCUGGUGGGUUCCCAGCUGCCGUUGCCAACAGUGGAGGAACAAACCCAGGCGGCAGUAAAGGUGGAGAACUUCUACUUCGGGGAAGAAGGGUUCUCCGUGGAUAAUACCCAGGCUGUUUACGACAUGUUUUCUGAUAUGAACUUCAUACAGCCAACCGAAGAGUUCGCCAGGACUGUGGCAAAUACCAGCGACCUACCUGUCUAUUUGUAUUACUUCGACUAUGAUGGCUAUGGUGCCAAUGAAUACGGUAUGAGUCACGCAGCAGAAUCCAAAUACCUGUUUCUUUCAUUUGGGCCAAAAAUGGACCCGAAUUCUAAUGAUGGGAAGGUGAUUGAGCUGCUAACAACUCUGUGGACAAAUUUCGCGAAGUAUGGAGAGCCUGCGCCUGGUGGAAGUCCAGUUACAUGGGAGAAGUUCACAUCGGAAACUGCCAACUACCUGGACAUGAAGCAGGAGUUUGUCACACGGCAGAAUCUCCUCAAGGAGCGUAUGGACUUCUGGAAACAAAUCCUACAUCAAUAAGGCACUGUUUACGUUCGCUACUGCUCUGUACACUGUAUAUA